AUGGCAGCCCGCUUGGUGCGACGCUGCUGCUGGCGGCACUUGGGUGCCUUCGUCUCUGCUCCCUCGGCGGUCCCGGCCUCGCUGCUGGCGCCGGCUGGGAAGGUGACGAUGGCGAGAGCUCUGCUUCAAGCGCCUUUCGCUUCAUUUCAUACUCCGAGCCCUUCCGGCUGGGCGGACGGCUUCUCGGUCAGAGAGCAGGUGGAGGAGAGCCGAAACGCAGAGCAGAGAGUGGUGGGGGAGCUGAUAGAGACGGCCACAAGUCCCCAGGAACUCUUCCAGCUGAGCCAGCUCCACGUUCUCAACAGCAACGAGGCCUCGCUGAUAAUUACGCAGCUUUCCCGGCUCGUGGCGGAAAAAAAGCUGGAAAGGGAGAGCAUUCUGCGGGACGAACGGUUCCAGCAGCUCGUCGGCAUCACGGAUUCUCAGAUCUCUCAGGUGUGGAAUAACACCUUGGUGAACCUCCUGAAGAGCCUCUACUCCCUGGGGAUGGACAGCCACCGGAGGGAGAUGCAGUCGGUGGAGCAGGAGGUGCUGUGGCGGCUGCGGCGCCUCACCUUCAGGCAGCUGGCCUCCCUGGCCGAGUUCUUGGCAGUCAGGCAGGGGAAGGACAGCAGUCCACUGCUGAACGAAGUCAUCAAGAAGCUGGAGCUGCGGUGGACGGAGCUCGAGGGCACCCGAACCGUGGUGACGCUGAUGGGCAAGGUCGGGCAAGUCUCCCCGGCUCUGAUGGACCGGCUGGAGGACAAGGCUCUGGAACUUGCUGAACAGUUCAACCCCGAUGACAUCCGGAAAAUAACGCUGGCUCUGGCCUACCAGAACCGGCGCUGCGUGCCGCUGCUCCGAGCCCUCUCCUACCACCUGGUGCAGAAGCACUCCGAGCUCGGCCUCAGCAUCCUCCUGGACCUCAUUUUCGCCUACGGAAAACUGAAUUUCCACCAGCCCCAGGUCUUCCAGAAGAUAGCCACCGACCUGCACCCCCACGUUUCCGCCAUGAAGCCCGUUGAGGUGACGCGCUGCAUCCGAUCCUUCGCCCUCCUCAAGUGGCUCAGCCUGCCGCUGCUCGAGGCCAUUGCGCAGUAUGCCCUGGACAACACCAAGCAGCUCUCGGUCCCCAAUCUGUGCAGCAUCGUCCUGUCUUUCGCUCGCCUGAACUUCCAGCCCAGCGGAAGCGAGGACUUCUUCAACAUGGUCCACGAGGUUCUCCAGGGCCAGCUGGGCAGCCUGGAGCCUCACCUGCUGACCGACCUGGUGUGGUCUCUCUGCGUGCUGCAGCAGGCCAAGGCUCCCUACCUGCAGCGAGUGCUGGCGCCCGACUUCCACGCUCACAUCCGAGGUGAUCAGUCCCUCAAGGCCCACAACUUACGGCUGAAGCUCAUCCACAUCAACGCCACCGCCAAGCUGGAAAGCCCCGACUACCGGGGGCCGUUCCUGCCGGCGGAGAUGCUGAGCGCCGCGGAGCCGGCGUCGGAGAAGGGCACCCUGCUGCAGAGCAGCCUCACGCCCCUCUGCUUCCUCGUCGCCGCUGCCCGGUCUUGUUCCCACAGCUUUCCUCUGAAGGCAGAGCAGAAACCGAGCCCAGGGCACGGCUGCGGGUAG